AAGCAAUACUGGCCGGCCCAAGCGGCAAGUUCGGGAGUCCUGUGCAUCUCCCAUUCCGAGUCCAAGGUAAUAAGUACAUAUAAUUAGUAUCCCAGCCCUGCAUCGCUGCGCAGGCACGGCUCCGCACUUCAACUGUCUCCCAAUGCAAUUCUAAUUCGAGGCCAACCUAGUGCUUACACAAAAUUAAUAAACCAACCAACUUCUCUCGUGCCGCUCGUGCUCACCUUAGCCAUGGCCACCACCAACACCACCACCACCACCACUCCCACUCCCACUGCCAGCCCCAGCCCCUCUGUCUCGCACGCCUCAAUCACCGAGUCGAUCGCAACAGACCACGUCCCCCCGACCGCCUUCGUGCCCAACGAUGGAAAUCUGUUUCCGAAAUGGCCCUCCAAGCUCGACAAGGCCAGCUGGGAUCAGUGGCAAGUGCAGUGCAUGGCGGCCGACGGCAGCGCCGGGGUCGUCAUCAUCUUCUUCCGGUGCACUGCCCACGCGCCCCACGGCUUCCGCGUCAUGGUCAACGCUAGCUGGGCCUCGCCAGCCGGCAACGACGGUGAAGAGGAGAAAAACAAAGAGACGGUGUGGAACGGCGACUUCAAGGCACCGCACUCGAUUGUCACGGCCGACCCGGCCGGCGGGGUCACGGGCGUGUGGCGCGGCAACGACGCCGACGGGCCGCCCGCCUUCCGCUUCGAGGUCGCCGCCGACCUGUCGCGCGCCGUCGUCACGCUCGACGUUCCGGGAAAGGUGGUUGGUACCGUGGCCCUGACGGCCCUCGCCGACUUCGACAACGCCCUGCCGCAAACCGAGGCUGAGGUAAAGUUCACGCCGAGCUUCUGGUGGGUGCGGCCGAUUGUCAUGGCAGGCGUCACGGCCGACCUGACGUUUUUCCCCCAUUCCGAGGACCAGAAGGCCGCACCUGGAAACGACAUAUCGAGCCACUUCCCCGAGGCGGGCAAACGCCUACAGCUGUCGGAAGACGGGGAGGGAGGCCACGGCGCGUUCGGCACCAUGGAGCGUGGGUGGUCGACGUUACCGACGGGCAAGUGCCUCUCGCUCAACUGGUGGGUGUGGGGGCGCGCCGGCCCCUACGUAAUCCAGGUGUUGUGGGCGCUUGGGCGGCCCGAGGAAGCGCGCGCGCUGUGGGCAUCGGCCAGGCUGUAUCGUGAUGGACAGCUGGUGUGCGCGCCGCAGAAAGCGGUCGAGGCCGAUGCUCCGCAGGAAGAUGGUACUGACACGCUGACGAUGGAGGGCCUGUACGACGACGAGGGCAAGGGCGGUGACAGAAUCGCAGCUCCAUAUCGGAUCAAGAAUAUCGGGCACCGCAUCGUGUUCCGGUCUGGCAGGAAGGCGGGUGAGGAGCGGACUUGGGUGUUUGAAACGCGCCACGUGCGGCCGUGGUGGAACUACGCGUUGAGCGCGCCGGGACCCUCCUCGAGCGGUCUCUCGACCUUUGUGCUCAGCGUAUCGGGUGGGCCGACCAGCUCUGCGGAGACGUUCCAGGGUCCCGGCAUCGUUGGAGGCGGCAUCUUCCCUUCCUAGGACAUCCCUUCGACCGCGCAUAGUAGUGCCAAUUAGCUCACCCCAUGGCGGGGGGAUGUGCCCGUGUUUGUUGGUCGGCUCUCAAAGGUGCAGGAGCCGAAGCCAAGGCGCGGGGAACUAAAAGAGCUCCACUAGGUGUACGCACAUUUUUCACUAUUUGUACGCACUUUUUGAAUUUCAGCCACACGGUUCCACUUAUGCCUGCCGCUUACUAACAU